AUGGCUACUGAAUGGCAACCGGAGUGCCUUGUGCCUCAGAACCAGCCGUCCCUUGACGUAGUCGGCGCUCAUACAGAUCGGGCUCUGCAGAGUACAUCCGGGAACGUUCAGUCGUACUCGGAUCCUCUGGCUCACACUGACGCUGCUGCUCGAGAAGAGCAGCUCCAGCAGUUGGCGUUCAAGUAUCCACACCAUCAGACUCCCAUCGCCGCUGUCCCGGCCUCCAAUCUCCAGCAUCACCAAGCCAUAGCAGCUAAACUCCAUGCGAGAAAGCUUCGCCGGCUUCAUUCUGUUGGACCAAACGCAGCUCCCCGCCGGGAAGAAGCUACCUCAAGUCCCAGAAGUACUUGGAAUACAGGGCCCGCCCUCGAAGAGAUACUGGCAAAGACGGCGAGCCUGUUUGGUCUGAUGAGCUCGAGGAUGCUUUCCAGCAAGGUGAGACUUUUGAGUUCAUACAAAGCCUCCAACCUUCAUAGACUAAUUCAGCCCCAAAAUACUUUAGCCCUCGAAGCCAACCCUCCCAUGGGCCGACGAAAGUGGUCUGAACGAGGCAAAUCCUAUGGCCGCAACGAGCUGAUUGCUGAGUACAUCUUUAAGCUUACUGGGAAGAGGAGAACUCGGAAGCAGGUAUCGAGCCAUUUGCAGGUACUUGACUCAUUCCUCAAGGGUGAUCCCGACUGGGAACGAUUGGUACGAGAAACGUCGACCGAGCGACCGAGUAGUCAUACCCAAGCAGCUGCUCCAAAAUGGCGUAGCUCUAUGGAACAUCCAGGCGCUCCAAGCCACUACGGGACAUCUUCUCACGCUGCAUACCACGAUCCCAUGAGAUCCAUGCAGUCUUACGGGGAGAGCUUGCCCCCGCCUCACUACACUUUGGGAGCCAACAUGCAGGAGGCCAGGAACAAGAAUAUCCAUGCCUUCAAUUUCGACAUGUGGGUGAGCGCGCCCCAGCAGGCAAAUCGCAUUGAUGAGGCAUUGCACACAUACACGCGGCUUCAGGGAGACCUCCAACCUCCGCCAAUCCCUCUGGAGAAUGUCAGUGGCUGGCGAUCUUCAUUCCCACACCUGUCAUCUAUAAUGGAUGACCUGAACGGCCCUCUCGACUGCGACAUCAUCCUGAUGGAGCUCGACCUUGACUAUGCGCAUCCCACCGCGGGAGAUGUGCUCAUGGUCAGCCAAAUGGACAAGUGGACUUGCAGUACCCAUCUAUACGAAGACGGCCGGGUAAUCAGGGAGACAUAUCAUGAUCUGCACAAGCCACAGUCCACAAAGGUUAAGCCUUUGUUCGAGUCAUCCUGGUGGGCCAAAAUGUUUACCGACUUGACCCAGAACAAGCGUAUGGCAGAAGAUUCCGGCAAUCCAGAAAAGAUCCAAGCCACAGAGGAUCGUACGCGUCGCUAUUUCCGCUCUUUGUCUGCAGUACAAGAGCUGCGAGCGAUGCCUUCUACCUCACGGCGGUACUCAACUCACUUCCAGCCUGACAGUGAACGAAUGGCUAUUCUCCUGUGGAAGUUCCGUCAGACGCGCCCGGGUGAAGUUGGAACCACCACUUGGCGUCGCUUGAUCCCACCUCCAGAUCGCACCCAGACGAACAGCCCCAGAGCUGCCGCUGGCGUUGAUCUUCCACCUCUUUCCCUGGAUUCCAUUCUCCUCAACAAGUCCACCCAGAAUGUCUAUCAGCAUCCGCACUCUCAAGACCUGAUGCAUCAUCAAGGGGGCCAGCCUCAACACCAAUGGCCUCUAUACUCAUCUUCUCACGACAACGUGGCAAAUAUCUUCAACACUCCCAGUCACCUUGACUUCAUGACCGCCAUCACGAAGUCAGAAGAUGGUCUGGACAAGACAGCUGUAACCUCUGUCUUGGACUCAUUCUCUUCCAGUCUAGCAACCGAGACUCCUCAACCCACCAGCAUGACUGCCCCCCGCAGUGGCUCAAUGAUGCUCAAUGUUCAUGACCUUCCUCUCUCCCACCCGAACAUGGGUUACACACUGAGCCAUGACACCAACCACUACAUGCCGCAGCAGCAACAUGGCGUCAACCUUCACGACAGCCACAGCAUGCUGAACGGCUUUUUUGCACCUGGUACCCAAUCUCUCGACGACCUUAGCCACGCCCAAGGCUCCUGGGCAGCCCAUUCCACCUCCCUCUCCGGUGACGUGGGCGGCUACCACGGAAUGCCCUUCCAAGACCACCAGGUCUCCUCUGCUCGAGAAUCUCAGCAGCCACAUAAUUUCGACGGUCUCCUCCCACCGGAUGACCUGAUGGACAAGCUGGUUGGACGGAUGUCCAACGGCUCCAGUAUGCACGGGGCGGGCCCUGAGCAUGCGAACUCUGCGUACGCGGACAACGCGGCGGUGGACGCAGUCUAA